GGCAUUUAAACAGCUGAGCAAGAGAAGGUGAAACUUGACAUGUGCAUUUAAGCGGGUGAGAAUUCCACCCUUUCAGAUACCAGGACAGAGGGUUUCCUCAUCCACUUUAAAGGACCAACCUUAUGCUACUCACUAACAACAAGGUCACUGAUGAUGGGAGCUCAGCACAGUCCCUUCAAGAGGGGCAAGCCAUGGUGGACUCGCUUACAAAGGUGGUGGCAUGCUACCGGCACCUUGCGUCCUGUGUUGGUGGUUGCACAGACAGUAGGAGUCUACGGCAUGAGCUCCAGCAGACACGUGAACGUGCUCAGAAGCUCACACUGUCCUGUCGUAACCACCUAACAGCCCGACUAAGAGACAAAACCCUGCCUGAGGAGGAAAGGAAGGUGACAGAGCUGCAAUGGGUGGCCUUCUCCUCAUGCUUGGAGCUUUUUUAUGCAGACCUGUGCAAAGUUUAUCACAUGGGCAGCUGUUUCUCGGUGGCCAAGAACAGUGCCACGGUGCGGACGGGCAUGCAGGGAGGCACAGCAGAAGUAGCAGCUCGUGCUCUGAGCAUGCAGAAUCUUCAGGAGGAGCACGGAGAGCAGACAGCCAGUAUGGAGGGUCUCGAGCAAAGCCAGCUGGAGCAGGAGAUCGCGCAGGUGGACCGCACCCUGGAAGACAUGGAGAUGAAGGUGAACGUGCUGCGCUGGACAGUAGAGGCACUGGGACCCCAGGACAGUGAGCCACUCAGCACCGAUAGCGCUUCCCAGGGGCUGCUGUGUAAUGAUGAGGAGGCACAGGGGCAGUUCUGUGACCGGAGCCAGAUGUUCGUGAUGAUGCUGUUGGGUGGUGUAGCAGCCAUUGCUGUGACACUGGCAGUGUGUGUAGUUUUCUUGGUAUGAGCCUACAUUGCUUGGAGAGCCUCAAAAAUGUCUGAGAUUCAGAGAUUUCUAUAAAUUCAGAGAGACAUUUAUUUCUAAAUUUAUUAUAUAAACAUGUAAAUUACAAGAAAAUUAUGAUUUCAGAAAUGCUGAAGAAAAUGCAAAAUUAAAAGACUUCCACAACUUUUCA